AUGGAUAGGGAAAGGAAGGAGCUGAGGAAGAGGAGGACAUCGGGCCAUUUGAGGUAUCCUGAACUUAAGAGGCAGAAGCAACGUAAUCCUUAUGUUGCUGCUAGAUCUACCUCUCCUGACUGCAAUUUCUGGGACAACAGACAAAAAGAGCUAUAUGAUCAGUUCUGUCAUGAGAAGAAAGUGUUUAAGCAUAGAUUUGUGGAGUGGUCGGAUAUAGCUGAUGCUGAAACUUGCCCUUUUGAUUUGUCCACUAAGUAUGAGGAUCUUGGUCUCAAAGGUCUAACCAGCAACAAUCCAUCUUGGGUUUGGAAUGAAGACGUCGUGAGACAAUUUUAUGGCACCCUUUACGUGGAUCCUGAUCGCAGGGAAAUGCAUUUCAUGAUAGGCUCACAGCAUUGUUUUGCUACCAAGGAAGAUCUUGAAAAGGCCUUGCUGAUUGAGCCUAGAGCUGGCAGCCUUGUUUUGCACACAUGGGAUGAUUUUGAUGUUUAUUCUCUCUUUCGAGUACCUAAUCCCGACAUUGGUCUAGUUCGAGAUCUUAAAACUGAAGUUGAUCUCAUCCAAAGGAUAAAUCGACAUACAAUUUUUCCUAAAUCAGGAAAUCGAGGUGGAUGCACCACCAUGCUUCUCAAGCUUGCCUAUGCCAUUUACCACGGAAAGCAGUUUGACAUUGCUCAUUUCCUCCUCAGUGAGAUGUGUGAGGCCAUUGACACUGUAAAUCAUGCACUGCCAUAUGCACCUCUUAUAUUUUGUCUUCUUCGCCAUCUGAAGUGUGACCUUACAAACACUGAUACCAAAUGCUGCCUCAAGAAGUACUCCCUGCACCUUGCAAGCUUGAAUCGUGAACAACGUGCUGCCUCAGCUGAGCAUGAAGUUAUAGAGGUGCAGCACCAGCAGCCCAUGUCCUAUUCUCAUCAGCCACCGCAACCAGUUAAUCCUGAACCAGUUAAUCCUGAACCAGUUAAUCCUGAUUCAACAGUUGCCAGCAAUUCUCAACUUUCAAAACUGAUAGAGGGGUUGCACGAGAAAGUUGUGAAAGGAUUUGAGGCAAUUGAAAAGCGACUUUACACAAUGGAGGUUCUCUUCUCAGUCUUAUCUUCAGAAGUUAGUGAGAUGAAAGCUUGUAUGCUUGAUCCUUGUCAUGCGCUGAACGGCGACAAACAAAAAAGGGCACAAACUGAAGCUCAUCAAGGUGGCGAGGGUCCUUCUGCAGCAGCUGAUCCAUAG